UUGUUUAUUGCUAUAGGUGUUGAUGUAUUUUGUGCAUAAAGUGUACGUGGCUCUACCAAAAUGAACUCGGGUUCGUGUGACUCAGUGUCGCGAGAAGAGACGCAUCUCUUGAACGAUACCCUGACGUCCGAUGGUUUAAGCGUUGCAUCCGCAGAGCUGAGCACAAACUUUCUCGCCAAAGAAACGCCUAGGAAAAAAGACAAUUAUGGCUCGUUCCACGGUCCGGAACCCGUCGUGAGUUACAAAGACAGCGCAAGCAUAGCAUGGAAAGAUCUGAACAUGUUUGUCCCGGCCAAGAAGCCUACAUCAAGUUGGCCUUUCAAGUCUUCUUCGUUGAACUUGAAAAUGGUUCUUAACGGAGUCAGCGGUUUCGUCAAACCGGGAACUCUGACGGCGGUCAUGGGAUCCAGUGGUUCCGGCAAAACAAGUCUCAUGAAUGCCUUGGCUGGUCGUGUGCAAUCCGAUUGCUUUGUCGACGGACACAUAGCUGUUAAUGGUCGCUUGUGUGAUGCUAAAACCCGGUCGAACUCCUUUGGUUUCGUCCAUCAAACGGACAUGUUUUUUGGUGCCUUGACGGUCCGGGAACAUCUAACUUUCGUGGUCGACAAUUUUAAUGCGAGGCUAAGGGUUGGCCGAUAUUCGACUAGAGGAGAGAUUCUUCAGCGUGUCGAUCAUCUUCUGUCAGCUUUGGGACUGAGGAAAUGCCAGAACACUCGCAUUGGUAUUCCGCACGUCACCACUGGCAUUUCUGGAGGAGAACGAAAACGGCUCGCUUUCGCUUCCGAGAUCGUGACGGAUCCACCCCUUCUGUUCUGUGAUGAACCAACCACUGGGUUAGACAGUUUCACCGCCUGGACUGUUGCGAAAACAAUGCGUGAGAUUGUUUCAAAAAGCGGAAAAACGAUAAUUUGCUCCAUUCAUCAGCCUUCUUCUGAAGUGUUCGAUCUGUUCGACCACCUAAUCCUGUUAUCAGAAGGCUCAGUGGCAUUUAUGGGAUCAAAGCAAGCAGCCUUGUCAUUUUUCAACGACCUGGGAUACCGGUGUCCGUCGACAUUCAGCCCAGCAGAUUUUUAUGUGCAUACCUUGGGCAUUGCACCUGGAAGAGAGAACAAGUCCAGAGCCGUGGUUCGAAAUAUCUGCAAUUAUUUCGCCAUCUCCCGAGAAGGGGUGCAAAUAGAUCAGAUGGUUGAACAUGAGUUCGCUCUUGCCAUGAAUCUUGAAUCGUCCUCCUCCUCUUCUUGUUCGUCUUCUGGAAUUUCUUCGGAAUUCGAUUGUUUGACGGCGAGGAGUAAACCGAAUUGGUUCAUCCAGUUCUUCGUUCUCCUGCAACGAUCUGCUCUGGAUGCGGCCAGGAACCCGGGCGUAAAUCGAGUUCGAACCUUUCAGAAAUUGGCGUUGGCGAUUUUGGUGGGACUAGCUUUUGCUAGUAGUAUCUCGAUGACUCAACGAGGCAUACAGAACAUCACUGGAGCUAUUUUCGCCAUCGUUACUGAGAACACGUUCCCGUCCUUGUUCGGAGUGCUUGGUUCAGUCCCUCUGGAAUUACCAUUGAUUCUAAGAGAGUAUCAGUCGGGGAUGUUCAAUCUUGGUCCUUACUAUGCUGCCAAGGCUUUAGCUUUGAUUCCAGGCUUUAUCUUGGAACCAUUUUUAUUCACUACUUUGGUUUACUUCAUCAUGGGACUUCGACCUGGGUGGUAUUAUUUUUUACAAGUACUGGGAGCAGUACUGAUGACAGCGAAUGCGGCGAGCGCUUGCGGUUGCUUGUUCGGAAUGAUGUUCGAAUCCGUGUCAGUCGCCAUCGCCACGCUGCUGCCGUUUGACGUCACCUUGAUGAUAUUUGGCGGAUUCUUUCUGCGUCUGGACUCGGUAUCGCCGUUCCUCAAUUGGAUCCAGUACAUCUCUUGGUUCAGGUACUCGACUGAGUCUCUCAUGAUCAGCCAGUAUCGCAAUUUUGAGAACAUCACGUGUGAGCCUGAAAUUCCUCAGGACCGAUGCCUAAGGACAGGCAACGAAGUUCUAAACAUGUAUGGGUUUGAUCCGGAGGCCUACGAUUGUGACAUCCUGAUUCUUUUCAUCAUGUACUGCUUCUUCCAUACGUGCGCUUAUUUGGCGCUUCAUCGUCGUGCACGUCAUUUCGCGAAUUAAAAUACUGCGCUGCGAUCAUUUCCGCUCAUCGAAACAUUCCUAAUGGCGAACAAUUUUGCGAUCGAGGUGCUAAUUUUUGCUGCCAUGAAUAAGGGGAGUCGAAAAUUAUUCAGUUCCUAAACUUUAGCCACUUUCAUACCCUUGCUUUCGACGUAUUUUUACGGACUUGUGGAUAGUGUUCUUUUGGUUCCCAAUGGCUGCACUUGUUCCGAAAUCAGCAUCAAAUGAAAGACCAAUUUUUAUCAGAGAAAAAA